UCUAAAGGGAUUUUAAACGUUGCUCAUAUUUUCACAGUUUUAGUCAGUUAUCCUUUGUAUUUAUGAUGUAUACGGUAGCUGGCAGAACUUUUGUGCGUGCUGUAGAUACGAUCAAGAAGAAUUCUGCGUUCCGCCUACUAUUUGGCAGAAACCAUAAUAAUAUUAAAAUAACGUAUUUUAGUACGUCAAGCGGAGAGAGCCAAGGAAAAGGUGCCCCCGUGCGGAGUGUUGUGUCGGAGAGGACGGGAUCUGUGGUGGCCAUUGGGAUCAACCGGCCCGAGGUUCGAAAUGCAGUAAACCAGGAGACGGCACAGUUGUUGCUGGGGGAGUUUACAGCUUUUGACAACGACCCUUCUCUCACGGCGGCUGUGCUCCACGGUAUCGGAGGGAAUUUCUGUGCUGGUUACGAUCUGAAAGAGUUGGCCCAUCACUCAGCUUCCCUCAAAUUGGAACAAGAUGUCACCAAAGGUCCCGCUCCUAUGGGUCCCUCCCGUAUGCAGCUGUCCAAACCGGUGAUCGCAGCGGUCAGCGGCUACGCCGUGGCCGGGGGGCUGGAGCUGGCCUUGCUGGCCGACCUGAGAGUGGUGGAACAGAGCACGAUCAUGGGAGUCUUCUGUCGCCGUUUCGGUGUGCCUCUGAUUGAUGGGGGCACGGUCAGGCUGCCCCGCCUCAUCGGGCUCUCCCGAGCCCUGGACCUUAUCCUGACAGGCCGGCCCGUGGGGGCACAGGAAGCGCUGGCUUUUGGGCUGGCAAAUAGAGUGGUGCCAGACGGGCAGGCUCUGCAGGUUGCUUUGGAGCUGGCCAAUCAGAUCAGUUCCUUCCCCCAGCGGUGCCUGAGAGCUGACCGCUCCUCCGCCUACUACAGUGCCUUCGAUGCCCCGUCCUUCUCCCAGGCCAUGCAGCACGAGAUCGACAACGGAGUGCCCGUCAUCCAGGCAGAGGCCACCGCUGGGGCACGGCGGUUCAGCUCAGGAACUGGGAGGGGAGGGACAUUCUCCUAAAAUACUUGUACACUGAAAUAUUCCCUUCCUGCUCAGGCCUUUUUUUUUGGUAUAGUAGAGUAAUAACAGGGUCACAACCAAAGACUGAGAGGUUUGUCAGUUCUGCUUUGCAUUAUUGUAUGCAGGAGUGCCUUUUCAUAUGAAGUGGAUAGUGCGCCAUACAUUAGUAUUAAACACUGAGGACAACAGAGUCAUCCCUCAACCCCGCCAUUCCAGGAGGUGACAUAUCUGGCAAAUCACCUGCUAGACACCUAAACAAGGAUCAUAACAGACACCUGCCGCACAUUUGUAAAGCAAAAUCCGUUGUGAUCCCCAUAUCAAAGGAGGUGGGGGAAGCUUUCGGGAAACAAAGACAGGAAGCUGUGGGGCAUCAAAACCAGGCUGUGGUUUACUAGUGCACCACUGCUGUGCUGAUGAAGGAUCUUAUUCACAGAAGCAGAGAGCCACAAUGUCGGCCAUUGUAGGCUCGCCGGGUAAUUUAAUAUUGUUUUGUAAUGCCAGGAAUUAUAAUUUGUCGUGGUAUUGAUGUAAUUAUAUUUUUUUCUUUGUGUCUUCAAAGGGACACUAAAACCAUAAGGAGCUAAUGUAAGCUCUUAAGGAGGCAACAUUAUUAUGCGAUCAGAUGUGGAAAAAUAUG